UACACUGAACAUAUAUUGUAGACACAUCUACUGUUAAUAUCUAAGCUUAUCUAAAGAGUUUACUUUAUCUUUAACCCUGAUUAGUAAAUAAACUUGUUUAUCAUACAUACUAGGUCAAUGCUAGGUUAGUGGCUGUUGAAACAUUAUGUUUAUCAUGCAUACUCAAAAAAUAUUUCUCUAACAUUCACACAUGUCAUAUAACACUUGUACAUCGUCAAGUUUCUAUCCAUACCUUUUUCCAUACAAUACUUGUUUUAUUUUCUAGAUAUACACAUUAGAUAUAAGAGAGUGUUUAAUAGCAAAAUAUAAAAUAAUAUAGUUCACUUUUGAAAUUCGAUUGUCUAACAAUUGUUUUCUCUCAUCGUUAUAUUUUGUUCAAUUGAAAAACAAUAUUUCUUUAGGGAAAUUGAAAAAUUAUAUUAAUAUUUAUGCAUGUGUUUGUUUAAAAAUUUCAAUAAAAUGUAACCUCUUAUUAAGUUUAGUAAAAAUGAGUAGAAAAUUUACUUAAUAAAGUUUAAUAAGAUAUUUUGAUUUAAACAAAUACAAUAUGUAUCACUCUACAAACAUCGAUAUAAUAUAAAAACAAAAACAAACAUGAAUUAUAGAACAAAAGAAGAAAGAAUCAUUAAAAGAAGAGAGAUAACAUAAAUAAAUCAUUAACUAAGUUUUUUGUUUGUAAGAAAAUUGUCAAUCUUGGCAACUUGUGAACUCUCCAAGUGCUUAUGUGACAAGAAGUUGUUUUUGAACAACCAUAAUAUAUAGUAAGAUGAUUUGUUGACGAAUGUCAAAUUUGUGGACACCACAAAUUUUAUCUUUAUUUUGGAUUCAAAUUCGUGGACUUUAUAGACUUGUAGAUCUCACAUAUUGAAUUGGAAAUUGUAACUUAUUAAUAGAUAGUGACAUAUCAUAUAUGUAACAAAUUCAUCAUAGAUAUAAAUCUAUCAUCCAAAUAAUAGACUCUUCAAAAUUCAAAUUCGUAGUACUGCAUAUCCAUCCUAAAUGCUGAGAUUUUUCUCUCUCAAAACUCUCAUUUAUCAAAUCCAAAAAACUCUUUAAGUCUUACCCAUAAUUAAAUUGUCCUUUUGCAAUGAGGGCAUAGUAUCAACUAUCAAACAAACUCUUUCAACAUAUUAUUCAAAAAAGACAUUUCUGAUUUCUCACAACUCAUUAUUCAACAAAAUUAUCUCUAAAAAUAAACGUUGUAGUUAUAAAAAAAAGAGUAACCGUACUAAGAACGUCACUAAAUGGGAUGUUUUUCCUUUUCUUUUUGUGUAUCUAAAAUGGAAUGUUUUCCAUACCAAGGAAUUGGAGCAAUUUUCAAAUUUGUAGCCAAAAACAAAGGGAAGCAGUCUAAUCAUCUUUUGCAACGACGAACGCUCACCAGUCACCAGUCACCACAGCGAGGCACUGCGAAAAGAGAAAAGGAUAAUUAAUAGCUAUGACCAAAUUCGCUGCAACCCAAAGUAGUAGUAGAAUAAUCACAACAACAAGAUUAGAGCUUCACCGGUCCAUCCAUCUUCUUUCAUCCCAGGGCGUCAUUUCAAAUGGGUUUCUGAUUCUUCCGUUUGUCAUCAUCUUCUCCAUUUUUCUUAGCCAACAAGCCAAGAGAAGCUUUUUAAGAAGAGACCAUCUCUGCAGCAGAAGCAUCGGCUGUCUACUGAUACUUAAUUGCAGGUUUUUUGGUAUCUGUGACUGUUGUUGAUCGAUUUCUAUUUUGCUUUACCGAGAAGAAAGAUGUGGAUUUUGGGCUGGAAAGGAGCAUCUGGGUUUUCCGCUUGUUCUACGGCUGAGGCAGUUACUAAUGGAAUCGAUGCAACUGGCCUCACUGCUAUCGUCACAGGAUCAUCAAGUGGAAUUGGUGUGGAGACAGCAAGAGUCCUUGCUAUGCGAGGUGCUCAUGUGGUUUUGGCAGUAAGAAAUGUUGAUGCUGGCUGGAGUGUCAAAGAAGCAAUCCUUAACGAAAUCCCUACAGCUAAGGUUGAUGUCAUGCAGUUGGAUCUCAAUUCAAUGGCAUCAGUCAAGAAAUUUGCUUCGGAAUACGUUUCUUCAGGCCUUCCACUGAACCUUCUGAUUAACAAUGCAGGCAUCAUGAUGUGCCCUUACAUGCUCUCCGCGGACAAUAUAGAGUUGCAGUUUGCUACCAACCAUGUUGGACAUUUUCUGUUGACACAUCUUUUGUUGGACACAAUGAAAUACACUGCCCGUGAGAGCAAUCGAGAAGGAAGAAUUGUUAUUGUAUCGUCUGAAGGUCACCGUUGGUGUAACAAGGAAGGAAUUCGUUUCGAAAAGAUUAACAACGAAGCAGAAUACAACAACAUUCGUGCUUAUGGACAGGCAAAACUCGCUAAUAUUCUUCAUUCUAAUGAGCUUGCUAGGCGCUUUAAGGCAGAGGGAAUCAACAUAACUGCCAACUCUCUUCACCCUGGCGUCAUCGCAACAAACCUUUAUCGUCAUACUGGUGUUAUUGCAACAAUUACAAAUGCCGUCAGCAGAUUUGUGCUGAAAAAUGUUCAGCAGGGAGCUGCAACUACAUGCUAUGUGGCACUGCAUCCACAGGUGAAGGGAGUGACUGGAGAAUACUUCAGUGACAGUAACGUAUACAAAGCAAACAAUCAGGCUAAAGACGAGGAUUUGGCAAAGAAGCUUUGGGAUUUCAGCUUGGAUUUGAUCAAUCCUUUUUGCUAAAUGUUACUUUCCAGUCGUAUUUUGUUGAAUGUACCCCCCAUGGCUUUACACAACUUCAUAUCGACACAUGCUCACAUUUGGAGUGGAACACAAUGAAAUGCUUUUACUGUUUUAUUUGAGGUUUGCAAUGUUAUCUGGUUCUAUCAGUUGAAAUUCAUGAAGCUCUUUCAUCCUUGUUUUCGUUCCUUUGUUGAAGCUCUCUGCCUUUGUUAUUUACAUGUUCUACUAUUGCAAUUAAAAUCGGAAUUUGUUUGCUUGUUGAUUGUUGUUUUUGAGUAGUAUAUGGGGUUCUUGUGGACGAAACCAAGUCGUAUCCGGCAGAUUAUACUUCUUUAUGAAAUUAACAAACAUAUUCUUUCUUCUAUUCCCCUAAGAUUUCAAUGUAAAAUCUUGAAAUCUUAGAAAGGCCAAACGAAUAACUUAAUUAUAGAAAUAAACCUGUUAUAGUUAUAACUUAUAAGGAGAAAAUAAACCAUUAUAGGAACG